ACUCAUGUACCGGCUAGUGGUUUUCCCACUCGAACCUCCACAUUUCAAAAUAGAAUGGCGACUGCUGCCUGUGGUCUUCAGUCCACAGGAAACACCACAACCAAAUCCCACAAAGAACGCCAAAAGAAAGCCAAGGAUUCAGGACGGAGGCAAGCGGCGCUGUUGUUCCUCUCCAAUAUCUCGCUUGAUGGACGACCCGUGUGCCACAUUACCAAUGGAAGUAUCGAACAAAAAGACGUCGCCGAUCUCCACGUUAGAGACGCCGGCGCACCGGCCGGACCUCCGCCGGAGGGAAACCAGGAAUGUGUCGUCAAGGUGUCACCCACAGCCCCCGCUGCCGGCCCGGCGAUCGGCGCGCUGAGCCCCGGUCGCCCUUCUUUGGUAAUGUCACCGGGACUAGCAGCAAGUGUCGCCGUGGCCAAUGAAGUAUUUUUGGAGGGUGGUAGCGAAGACACGAUGCCCCUGUUGCUAGAAGCUCCUCUCUCCCCGAUCACUCCCGGACAUCCGUCCAGUGCCAGGUCGCCGUCUGUGUUCAGCCCUGUCCAGGGAGUCAGUGCCACACAUCUGGAUUCGCGUCAAAGAACUAGAAACGUCUCCGGCUCCCCUGGACCGAAGGCGCCCAAGAAGGUCCACUUCAUCAGGAGUAUGAGACAGUACGACACCAGAGGAAGCAGGAUCAUGCUGAUAUGUGCCAAGCGGUCUCUAUUUGCCGCGUUCUCAGUGCUGCCCUAUGGAGACAGCUUUGAACUCAGUGACACCAAGCUGGAGGUCCAGAGGCAGAGGCUGUCCUCCGUGGUGGCCGCUGACCUCAUCCCGUCUCUGGAGGGCAUGGAGCUUGGAGCCUACGGCAAGACGGUGUCCUACGCUCAGUUCCUGUACCCGACCAACGCCCUGGUGCGGCCCCGGAGCAGCGGCCUGCCCGAGAGCUUCGCUGCCGCGCCCACUCCUCAGUCCCGUUUCCGCGGCAACGGGCAGAGGAAUCUCACCGCCCCUGCUCGCCUGAACAGCAGUGUUGCACAGGAGCCAUGUACGGAGGAGAUGCUGGAGUACGACCCCAGCUGGCUCAGCGACCCCCAGUGGCCCUGCGGCCGACACAAGAGAGUGCUGAUCUUUGCCUCCUAUGUGACCACCGUCAUAGAGUAUGUGAAGCCCUCAGACCUCAAGAAGGACAUGAACGAGACCUUCAAGGAGAAGUUCCCCCACAUCAAGCUGACGCUCAGCAAGAUCAGGAGUCUGAAGAGGGAGAUCCGUGCCAUGGGCGAGGAGGGCAGUCUCCAGCCGGUCACCAUAGCGAUGGCCUUUGUUUACUUUGAGAAGCUGGUCCUGCAGGGCCGCCUCAACAAGCACAACAGGAAGCUGGUGUCGGCGGCGUGCGUCCUGCUGGCCGCCAAGAUCAGCAGCGACCUGCGGAAGCCCGAGGUCCGGCAGCUCCUCGAGAAACUGGAGGAGCGAUUUCGUAUAAACCGACGGGAGCUGAUUCCUCUGGAGUUCCAAGUGCUGGUUGCCUUGGAGAUGGGCCUCUACCUUCCUGAGAGCAAGGUCAUGCCACAUUACCGCCGGCUGGUGAAGCAGGGCUAGCCCCCUGUGUAACGCUGGCCCUCAAGCAGAUUGGCCUUCAUGGCGCCGUUCAAUAACGACGCAUUGAAACAAAAGUUGUUUGUCUCCACCGGUCGGCCCCCCGACGCUGGACGCGGCCUGAGGGGGGUCUGUGUGAACGUGUAGCCGGGACUGAAACACUGAUCCAAUGAGGUCGGGGGGGCCUUUCCCCUCGGACAUCAUCGUCAGUGCAUCCAUCUCCGCCAUACCCUGUGGCAGACAUCUUUUGAAAAACAAAACAAAGUGCGUAAGUAUUUAGUGGUACUGUUUGUAUUAUGGAGGAUGUCUCUUCAUGAAGGAUGGGAUCAUUUUGAAACUCGUCAUUGGUGUUGGAAUGUAUGUGUGUGUAUGUUUUGUUUUGGCGUGGUAUUCUGGUGUCUAUCCAGCAUUGAACUCUAUGUUAGAGAUAUUCAACCAGCACAUUGAUGGUGCUUUACUUUUGGUUUUGGGGUGUGUUCUUAUUUUAUACUUCUUUGUAUCGUUAACUAUUUAUGCCAUGUGCAAAAGGUACCAUUUUUAAAUGUUCUGUAUUUGUUGUGGUGUGGAACUGGUCGAUCUUCAUGUACCUGGUAACUAAGGAUCAUUUGCACUUUAAGCGUCUCUCCGCAGGGCCGUGUAGUGGCUCCUACUGGCCCCGUCUGGUCCAGCUCCACUCUGUGUUUCUAUAAAUACACUGUGAAACAGGUGUGUCGUACAAUGAACUGUGGUCAGAAAGUAACGUCUUAGGGUGAUUUAGAGAUGGUGUUGUCGUCUUACCAGUGGGUCAGCAUGUUCCAGUGCAAAUGGUGGCCUUUUUUAUUGGGAGUAGAGUAUAUUUAUUUUGUGUUUUUUUAAAAAAAAAAAUUAUAUAUAUAUA